AUGAAGCUGUUUCUCAGUGCUGGACUUGUCGGCACCUGCGCCGCCGCCGCCGUCGUCGGCAGCACGGAUUCCUGCGUGCCGGGCCUCGUACGCGCGAGCAGCUCCUCCUCUGCCUCUACGAUGGCGUUUCAGGCCUCGUGCGGCGCCAAGCUGGACGUUUCUGGGCCGCACGGCGUCUUUGCGGCACCGAUCGGCGGCAACGGCAGCAGCAGCCUCGUGGGCGUAUACAUUCCAGGGGCAGCAGGGCUGAGUGCGGAUGCGGUCACGAUACGUCGGGAUCUGGUCGUGGGCGAGGCAACGGUUCUCGUCACGGCGACGGAUGAGAAUGGCAACGUCCUGCUGCAAUCGUUUGACGUCAGUCCUGCGGCGGGUGACGACACGGCCACUACUACGCGUCUCUACGGGCAGCGAGCCGUCGAUGCUACCACGGCAACGUGCCAGACCUGCAACGCCCCCGACAUCUUAUGCCAGCCUGCCUGCCAGGACCCGCCGCAGACGUGCGCAUUCUACGCGUCGUGCGCCGAGGCCGCCGUGCCCUGCGGCGCGUCGGGCUACGCGCUCGGCUACGGCCUCGCCAACUGCGCCAAGUUUAUGCAGCGGCUGUCGCACUUCACGCCGGCCGGCCAGCGCUGGAUCUUUGCCGUCAUGACGUGCCUGCAGCGGUUCCUCAUCGCGGGGCCCCUGACGGGGCAGUGCGGGCUCACGUGCGAUGCGCUCAGGACGGCGGCGUUUGGCUCGCACCCGACGUGCUAUGUCGACAGCGGCGUGUGCGACCUGCCGGCGCGGGACUGGGUGCAGCUGGUGCUGACGAUUGGGAAAGACCUGGCGACGCUGGACACGCUGAAACAGGCGUUCACAAUUCUGACUCUCCCCCUCUUCUCACACACAUUUGGCCCUUUCAUCCUCUUCUUCACGGCACACCUGCGGACCGAUACUGCCAACUACUUUUGUCGAAAUCAUUUUUAA